CUUCCGGGUGUUGUCUGGCCGCCGCCGCCGCCGCGCGUCUCCGGUCUCCCGGCCGCCGCCGCCGCCGCCGCCUCGCGUCCUGGAGCCAGGAGCGACGUCACCGCCAUGGCCGGCAUCAAAGCUUUGAUUAGUUUGUCCUUUGGAGGAGCAAUUGGGCUGAUGUUUUUGAUGCUUGGAUGUGCCCUUCCAAUAUACAACCAAUACUGGCCUCUCUUUGUUCUGUUUUUUUACAUCCUUUCACCUAUUCCAUACUGCAUAGCGAGAAGAUUAGUGGAUGACACAGAUGCUAUGAGUAACGCUUGUAAGGAACUUGCCAUAUUUCUUACAACAGGCAUUGUUGUCUCAGCUUUUGGGCUCCCUAUUGUGUUUGCCAGAGCACAUCUGAUUGAGUGGGGAGCUUGUGCACUUGUUCUCACAGGAAACACAGUCAUCUUUGCAACUAUACUGGGCUUUUUCUUGGUCUUUGGAAGCAAUGAUGACUUCAGCUGGCAGCAGUGGUGAAAGGAAUUACUGAACUAUUGUCAGAUGGACUUCUUGUCAUUUGUUGGCCAUCCACGCACACAGAAGAUGGGGCAGGAAUGCUGAGUGGUACAGCAAGCCUCUUGGGGGUAUUCUAGGUGCUCCCUUCUCACUUUUAUUGUAAGCAUACUAUUUUCACAGAGACUUGCUGAAGGAUUAAAAGGAUUUUCUCUUUUGGAAAAGCUUGACUGAUUUCACACUUAUCUCUAGUAUGCUUUUUGUGGUGUCCUGCUGAAUUUAAAUAUUUAUGUAUCCCUGUUUAGUUUUUUUUUUUUAAUCAGUAUGCAAUGUUAAGCCUUUUUAAAAUGUAAUAACCAUUUGCAUUGGUUAGGAAUUAGAUUUCUGCUGGCUAUUACUGGGCUAAAGGAUAUCUUUUGUCUUAAAAUUAUUUAACCUCCAUUGCAAAAAGUUAAAAGUUUUCAAUCAGUCAGGAUGACAUCACUCCCAAUUUUAUGCAAACAUGCAGACUGUUGGUAUACCUUAUAGACUGUAUACUCAGUGCAAAUAUAGCUGCAUUUAUACCUCAGAGGGGCCAAGUAUUAAUGCCCGUGCCCUCCAUAAGGGUUGCUGGUUUUGCCAGUGAGCAGGUGUUUUAUGAAUUGAAAAUUAUCUUAUGGAAUUGCUACAAAGGAGUGCUUUUCUUCUCAGUCGUUAGAAGAAUUUAUUGUUAAAGGUAAGCGUGUAAAACCAGAUUUCUGAGAUGGUUUUUAUUUAUGUUUAUUAUAGUUAAAGUAGAGUGAGUUGCAUUGUGGGAAGAAACGACGUUGAAAUUCCAUUUUUUUGAAUCCUCUAUUUAUAAGUGAAAUGUUUGAUCCUCUAUCAGCCUUUCAUAUUUUACCAUGGAUGAAAUGGACUUACGUGGAACUACUACUGAUAAGGGAAAGUUGUAUGUUUGCGUCACCUAGACCAGAAAACCUUUCCCUGCUUCCUCCUUUUAACUUAUUUUAUACAUUGUAUAUAUUAAGUAAAAUAACUUUUCAAAUAUAGUUUAAUAACACUUAAAUUAGAGGUGUUUAUCUCACCUGGAAAGUAAUUGCUAUGCCAUACAUGCCGAGUGCCCCCUGCCCCGCAAGGCCUCGACAUGAUUAACAAGUGACUUUGUUAGUCUUGCAGAGAAGUGACGCAUUAACAAUUUAAGAUUUAGACCAUGGUAAUUGUAGUUCUUAUUCUCUAAGGUUAUAUCAUAUGUAAUUUAAAAAUAUUUAAGACAAGUUUCCUGUAUACCUCUCAACUUCUUUGAUUUUUAUUUCAUCAUGAUAGAUAUGCUCUUUCCUUUUAAAUGACAUUUAUUGUGUGAAUUAAUGCAAAGUAGCCAAAUCCAGCUGUCUAGCAGCUUCAAACACAGACCUGACCAAAAAAUUCCCAGUAACCAGGCAUGAUCAAAUCAUAGUGGUCAUUUGCAUCUCAACAAUUAUCAGUACCUUUUUCUAGAGCUAGUUAUGAAAAUGUUCAAGUUGGUUCAACAGUAUGUUGUUGAGGAUAUUUGUGUGUUUAUUCAGUAUACUUACAUAAAAACUAUUUUGCCUUCAGACAAAACUGAGUGAUCAUGACAGCUACCUUUUGUUGUUUUAUGAAGUUUAUUUCUCAAGAAAAGGGGAACAAAUUUUGGGUUUACUAAAGAUGCUUGAAGGCCACAGGUUUUAUUGCCAAAACCCAAGUUGUGACUUUCGCUGUGAGAUGGGAAGCAGAAUGAAGGAUUUGCAUGUGGCUGUCCCACUUAGUAGGCUAGAAACAACUUGCAGUGUUACAAUUAUAUAAAUCUAAAGAGGAAGGUACAGGUACACAGGAAGUAGCUGGCCAUACAGUUGGGAAUUCAGUGCCUGUGAUCUACUUGAUUUUUUUUUUCAGGAAGUACAUAUUCUGGCCCUUCCCCAUUAUCUGUUCUAGAAUAUCAGUGCAGUGCACUGCUACUGUUUUAUUCACUUGGCCAUAGACUCUUUUUCUAACAGCUGCAUAUUCUUUCUGUAUACAGAUUGCAUUGGCAGCAUUGUGUCUUUCAUCUUGCACACUAGCUCGACAUAGUGCUGUCUCUGAUUUCUAGGCUAGUUUGAGGUAUGAGUUUUCCAUAGAAUGUGCACUGAUACUGCAUUGCCAUUCUUCUAUGGAAAGAAAACUUUUGAUGAUGAAACAAUAAAGAUUUUAAAUAUCUA